AUGAUUCCCGCCAAGGAACGCAACGGGCACGGGCAACGGCGCAGCAGCACACACUCGCUAGACCCCAAGAAUGGCAUGACACGAAGAGAGCGGCAGACGGACGACCCCAUUUCUCCUCUACAUUACUCCACGCCUCGCGUAGUGCUUCACAUCGAUCUUGACGCGUUCUUCGUACAGGUGGAACGAAGCCUGAACCCUACCCUGGUCGGUAAGCCGAUAGUCGUCCAGCAGCACGCCGACAUUAUCGCUGUGAGCUAUGAGGCUAGGGCGCUGGGCGUAAUGAAGCACAUGCCGACCGCAACGAUCCGAAGGGAGCACCCAUCUGUCAAGCUUGUGCACGUGGAGACGAUUGGCCUUCAGAAGGACAAAGUGUCCUACAGGAACUACCGGGCUGCAGCACGCGCCAUCUUCACGCUUAUUCGAGCCUUCUGUCCACCCGAAGAUGACGUUUAUGGCCGCAAUGCCCCGAGCGCUAGAGGCGCAGGAGCUUUACAGAGAUCAUGUGGGGGCAGAGUUCACGCCUGUGGCGGAGGGAGGUUUCAGAAGGCCAGCGUCGACGAAGCGUACUUGGAGCCCGCGCGACGGACUCUGACCGCGGAGCUCCUCUCCUCCGAGCAACACCAAGGCGGACCCGCCGCGAUAGGGCAAAGGCGUCCUACCGCCGCCACUGAAACAUCAGCAGGGGCGGCAGAGCGCCUACUAGCGGGGAUCAAACGGCCUCGCGCCGGCGGCAACAGCGCAUUUGUAGCUGGACACGGUGAUUGUAGUAGCUUGGCUCCGGCCUGCUCUAAGCAAAGAAGAGGGUUGGGCGAGAGUCACUAUGGGCACGCCGAAGGAGAUAGACACGAGUGGGAUGUGACCGUCGGGUAUGGAUCUUCUUUUGACGACGAUGAACAGUCGGACGAGUGGGGGAGAAAACGGCGAAGAGAACACGAAGAUGUGAGGGACGUGGGUGAAGACGAGGAUCGACUCCUCGAGGCGGGCGGCUUGCUGGGGAAGCGAAUACAGAAAACACUGCGAGACGUGUUGAACUACGACUGCAGCGUUGGCGUAGCGAGCAACAAGUUUCUAGCCAAGCUGGCGACAAGCCUCGCCAAGCCGAAAGGUGUGCGCGUGCUUCUGCGGCGAGACGUGCCCUCCCUUCUCGCUUCCACGCCUGCCACCAAGAUCCCUGGGUGUGGCACGGGCAGCGCGGCCGCUAGGCAAUUUUUGGGGUGGGGAGUGAAGUCGGUUUUCGAUUUGCGACAAAUCGAGGCUGCGGAGCUGCGCAAGCGCUUGGGAGAGCAGCUAGGCGCUAAGGUGUUCGACCGGUGUCGGGGCAUCGACAACGACCCGGUUGAGCCCGACCCGAUACCGAGCAGGGUUUCGUCGCAGCUGUCCCUUGUCCCGCUCAUUACCCCGGCCCGCUGCCUCGGAAGACCCGGUGAGAAAUUGACCCCCGUGUUUCCGUGGGAGGUGAAGCGUGUGGAACCGUUCCUUGUGACGUUGGUGGACGACCUCAUGGACCGCAUGAAGGAAGAGCUGGAGGAGAGAAAUCGGAGGCCGACAAAGCUAUGUAUCGAGCACCACCUUCACCAUCGCGGCUCCAAAAGCCAGACGUUCGCCUUGCGUCCCCGACCUGCUCCGCGUGGUCGCACUCGCUACACAACCCCCACAAGCCCUGCUGCGGGAGUUGUAGACGAACGACAGGAAUGUCAAAACGUGGCUGCACCAGAACCCACCGGAGAAACCGAAGGCGCUGAAAGUCCUGGCGAUCUUGGACUUCCUUCAGCGCAAUCGUUAGUCGAGCUCGCACUCACGCCAUUCAAGAAUUACCAGAAUAGCAGGACAACCGCGUCCGGUGGGGGAGCACCAACAGGGAAUGGAGCGCAGAGAGGAGCUGCAACAGGAGAGAAUGGAGGGAAACGAGCAGGGGCAGGAGGAGGAGACAAUUGCCCAUGUGACACGCUUCCGCCCGUUGUGAAGCUGAACAUCUCGUUGCUCGGUUUCGAGAACGUGGGUCGGACGCUGCCAACAGCGGCUCCGCCUGGGCAGCGUACACUCCAAGAUAUGAUGUGGCUGGAGAAACCCGCGGCGCAAACUGAUGUCGGUGCUGGAAUGGAAGGCCGGCGACGGGAUGGCAACAACCUGAACACACCAGCACCUCCACCCAGAAAAAACAACCUUCCGCGGAAAUUGGCGGUAGCAGACACUGUCGAACCUUCCCCGGUGGCGCAGACGGUGGCUGUUAGAUCAGUGAACAGUUCUGGGGUGAUUGAUUCCAAAGCUGCGAAUACGAUGGCAACAGCAGACGAUGGGGAUUCCCCGCCAACGGUCGCGGACCAGGGCAGCGUUCUGGUGCGUUGCCCGAGGUGCAAGGCAUGCUUGCCGGUGGGAGAAGCGUGGGACACACACCGCGAGGUGCAUCUGGCGGUGUCACCCCUUGCUGAUGAUGGAAAUGAUGUAUCCCGAACAAGCGGACAGUCCUCCCGGCCGCAUCAAUCAGAUGUCCCGGGGUCUGUUCACCCGCGGGACCGAUCGUUCGUGACGACGGAUGCAGUAGUGGAACCAUCUGUCGGCAACGAAGGACACGCUGGAGGAGGCGUUGGUAUUGAAGAUAACGAUUUCCGAUCAGGCUCGGCGUUCGAAGUGCCGGUACGGGGGGGCGCUGGUAGCGAAAAAGAUGGUGGGGACGGCCUGUGGCGCAGCAGGAAGCUUUCAGACCUCCUGAUGCUGGCGGUCUCGCCUGAGCAGGCGGCGCAUGUACUCAAGAAGCGCGGCCUUCUGCGAGACGAUGGGCAGACUCGCUUUGCAAGCCUCGAUCUUUGAGGCAAGCAACAACAAGCAAUGGUGUACGGUUGGAUGGAUUUCCGUCAAAAGUUCGCACACGUGCGUUUCCAAGAAUUGAGUAGAAAAUCGAACUGGGCGAUGUGUACGGUUUGCCAUCGGUGUUGGGUUGUGCUAUAUGGACGGUGUGGCGCCUUCACCGCUGUGGGCGACGAAGUUGAUGGGUAUCCUCCUACUUACAGUAGCACCCUAUUUUAUUGUAUAUAGUCUCGAAGGCGUUGUGGAUAGUAGUCCGUAUGCCUUGGCGCAGGUGCUUUCAUCAGUGGUUUUCACACUCUGUUUUGUGCGUGUUGU